AUGAAGUCUGGAAGUCUAAUAACACUAGACAAUUUCAUAAAGUCUGGAAGUCUGAUAACACUAGACAAGCUCAUAAAGUAUGGAAGUCUAAUAACACUAGACAAGCUCAUAAAGAUUGGAAGUCUAAUAACACUUGACAAGCUCAUAAAGACCGGAAAUCUAAUAACACUAGACAAGCUCAUAAAGACUAGAAGUCUAAUAACACGUGACAAGCUCAUAAAGACCGGAAAUCUAAUAACACUAUACAAGCUCAUAAAGACUGGAAGUCUAAUAACACUAGACAAGCUCAUAAAGACCGGAAAUCUAAUAACACUAGACAAGCUCAUAAAUAUUGGAAGUCUAAUAACACUAGACAAGCUCAUAAAGACCGGAAAUCUAAUAACACUAGACAAGCUCAUAAAGAUUGGAAGUCUAAUAACACUUGACAAGCUCAUAAAGACCGGAAAUCUAAUAACACUAGACAAGCUCAUAAAGACUAAAAGUCUAAUAACACGUGACAAGCUCAUAAAGACCGGAAAUCUAAUAACACUAUACAAGCUCAUAAAGACUGGAAGUCUAAUAACACUAGACAAGCUCAUAAAGACCGGAAAUCUAAUAACACUAGACAAGCUCAUAAAGACUAAAAGUCUAAUAACACGUGACAAGCUCAUAAAGACCGGAAAUCUAAUAACACUUAUAAAGAUUGGAAGUCUAAUAACACUAGACAAGCUCAUAAAGACCGGAAGCCUAAUAACAAUAGACAAGCUCAUAAAGACUGGAAGUCUAAUAACACUAGACAAGAUCAUAAAGACUGGAGGUCUGAUAACACUAGACAAGCUCAUAAAGUCUGGAAGUCUAAUAACACUAGACAAGCUCAUAAAGACCGGAAAUCUAUUAACACUAUACAAGCUCAUAAAGACUGGAAGUCUAAUAACACUAGACAAGCUCAUAAAGACUGGAAGUCUAAUAACACUUGACAAGCUCAUAAAGACCGGACAUCUAAUAACAAUAGACAAGCUCAUAAAGACUGGAAGUCUGAUAACACUAGACAAACUGAUGAAGUAUGGAAGUCUAAUAACACUAGACAAGCUCAUAAAGACCGGAAAUCUAUUAACACUAUACAAGCUCAUAAAGACUGGAAGUCUAAUAACACUAGACAAGCUCAUAAAGACUGGAAGUCUAAUAACACUUGACAAGCUCAUAAAGACCGGACAUCUAAUAACAAUGGACAAGCUCAUAAAGACUAGAAGUCUAAAAGCACUAGACAAGUUAGCUUAUAAAGUCUGA